UCCACCAUUAACAGCUUCUCUGGUUCAGAAACAAAGAGGCCAGAGAGAACAAAGGGAGAAUAAACAAGACAUCCCAAAAUCACCCUUAGCUUUAAUUUCUCUCCCCAUUUGUUUCUCAAUGAACAUGAACACCACAAAAGCCUCUGUUUCCAAAGAACUCAACGCCAAACACACAAAGAUCUUAGAGGGGCUCCUCAAACUCCCCGAAAACAGAGAAUGCGCCGAUUGCCGGAGCAGGGCGCCGAGGUGGGCCAGCAUCAACCUCGGAAUCUUCAUAUGCAUGCAAUGCUCCGGCAUCCACCGGAGCCUGGGAGUGCACAUCUCCAAGGUGAGGUCCACCACACUGGAUACGUGGCUCCCCGAACAAGUCGCUUUCAUGCAAUGCAUGGGAAACGAGAAGGCUAACAGCUAUUGGGAAGCACUUCUGCCGGGAGAAACAGAGGAUAGAACCGACAUAGAAAGCUUCAUUCGAGCCAAGUACGAGGAUAAAAAAUGGGUUUCAGGAGAUUAUAAUGUUGUCAUUCCCCAAACUGCCCAUCAUAUUUUGGGUGAAAGAAGCCCAUCAUCAGACUGUAGAGAAGAUGGUGGUGGGGGUAGAAUUGGAAUCCCGAGAAAAGCGAGGAAGUAUUCCCUGGAGGAGGAUAUUUUUGACCCAAACAAGGCACAAGCUUCUUCUUCUACGACAACAACAACGAGACCUCGCUGGGCUUCUGUAGACAUGACGACGGACAACAUAAGCGUUGUUGAACCUCCGGCGAAUGAUAACGGCGGCGGUGACCGGCAACCGGCGAGAAAGAGUGAGACGGCGAAGGAUCUUUUCAGUUUGCUCUAUGCCCCAGAGGUUAAACAAGACCGGGUAGUUGUUCCUCCAUCUAGGUGGGCUACAUUUGACUGAGGUGCUUUAAUAUAGCUGCGCUCGUUAAAAGAAGGAACUUUGGGAGUUGUGCUCUUGUAUUAGAACUUAAUGGUGAAAUUUAAAAUCUCCAAGAAACAAAUUUUAUUGACCAAUUUUAGGGAUAUUUAUAGAUAUUUUAACUUUUGAUUAUGCCCGUUAUAAAUGGUAACUUUUUCAGGUUGUAAGUAAUAAAUUUUUCAUCGUAAAGUGUAUUUUCUGACGAAAAAGAUCAGAACAAUCAUUGCCCGUGAACUUUCCCGAA